GAGGAGGAGGAGGAGGAGAUAAGGAGGUGGGAAGGAAGGAGGAAGAGGAGGAGGACAGGAGGAAGAGAAGGACACAACUCUGUCAAAAGGACACCAGGGGACAGAAGUGCAAGAGGAGGACGAGGAGAAAGGGAAGACAGCGGAGGGAGGCGGGUCGCUGCAGACAUGUCAGACGCGUCCUUGCAAAGGAACGGCACCGCCAAAGCCCCGAUGUCGUGUGAGGAGGCUCAGCUCCACAAAGAGAGGCUGCAAGCCCUGGCGGAGAAGCGGAAACGGCAAACUGAAAUUGAAGAUAAAAGAAGCCAGCUUGACGAACUGGUGCUCCAGCUUCAGCAUGUUAAGUCCAAAGCGAUGCGUGAGCGAUGGCUCCUCCAGGGAAUGGCAGCUGAGGAAGAGGCAGCACGGCGGAAACAGCUGGAACACGAUGAAGAACAAGGGAAGAAGCUUGAAGACAUGAUACAAAGGUUGGAGUCUGAGAUCGGUGCACUUGAGAGUGAAGAGUCGAAAAUUUCUGCCAAAGAGCAAGUUCUUCGCGAGCGUCUGAAAGAAACAGAACGCUCUAUUGAAGAUCUGCAGAAGAGUCUGAUGACCCAAGGUGAAGAUGCUGCCGGCCGAAUGUCCGCCCCCAUCUCGGACCACCAGGACCCAGAUCCCAACCACCUAGACCUGGCCGCUUAUCUGCGAAGCGGCCGACCUGCCUCCGGAGAGCACGCCGCAUCAAGACCUGCAAUGUUCGCCAUGGAGAUCAACGUGCAGCACGACCCGCGGACCGGCGAGCAGCGCAUCCUGUCGGCCAACCGCGUCAGCCCGUUGGAGGCGGCUUCGCGGGGGGUCAAGGUCUACGACGACGGCAGGAAAGUGGUCUACGAGGUCGCGUCCUCCGGGGGCGUCUCCACCAGCGCCGUGGAGAACGGCUGGAGCUCUGCGCAGGUGGACGAGUUGGUCCAGCGAGCUGCCCGGCCUUCACACGCGGGAGGAGGGGGAGACGGCAGGAGGGGUCAGGUGACUGUGACCCCAGCGGCACGUCAGGCUUACGUCUCCCCUGCAGAUGUCGAUGAUCUGUCACCGCCCUCCUGCGCCCCGCCAUCCGUUCCUUCAAGCCCGCCCGCCCAGGUCACCCUCCAACGGGAAACCCGGCUGGGUAUGAUGCCCCCUUCCUCGGCCCCCGUCACCUCCCAACCAGGCUCUUCGGCCCAUCAGAGCAACGAGCCGGGCUCCCUUCCCCUGGCCAGCACGGAGCACCCCGUCACCAUGGUGUUCCUCGGCUACCAGGACGUUGAGGACACGAGCGAGAGCCGGCGGCUGCUCGGCUUCGACGGGGCCGUCAAGGCCGAGGUGGUGCUCAUCGACGAAGACGACGAGAAAUCUCUGAGGGAGAAGACUGUCACCGACAUCUCCAUCAUCGACGGCACCGCCGCCGACCUGGUGUCGGGACGGCCGGCCACCUCCGAGGCCGUCAGCACGGAACUGUCGUCUGACGGACGGGAGCCGGACAGCGCGUCCUCGCCCCCCGCAAACCCGGAUGCAAACAUAGCCCCGCCGCCCGGCCUCACCCCCGCCACAGGCUACAGCCAAGAGGUUUCCAUUGUGACAGCAAAUGGCUUUGAAGGUCCCUUUCCAAGGAUAGAUCGCCAAACUGCCCUGAACCCGUGGCGGGCGGCCGAGGAUGUCAGUGACGCUUCACCGAGAGAGCGAGCACUGAAGAGCGUCAGCUUCCAGGAAUCAGUCAGCUUUAUCUCUGACGGGCCUGCAAACAUGGAGCUGGAGAGCCAGCAGAUCCAACAUUGCUGCCUCCGAAGCCCCACUAACCAAGGCCAGAGUCCAGACAGCGAGGUGGUGCAGGAGAUCUGCUACCUGGACCAGGUGCUGGACGCGGCUUCGGAGACGUCCGCCAACGGGAGCCGUUCGCCAUCAGAGCACACGAAACCAGUCAGCAUCAACGGAACGUCUCCGUCCGCCUGCGUGUCUGAGAACCACCAGUCAACCGCCGUGGGGGAGCAAAGGCCGGACGCGUCCCCCCACCCGGAGUCUGCCGUGAGAACCAACGGGCACGUGCAGGGAGACGAGUCGGGUCGCGGUGCGGCGAAGUUUGAGCUGCGAGCGUUUCAGGAGGAGAGGCGACCGGCUAAACUGUUCACCCCUGGAGAGGAGCACCAGGUCAGGGUGACGAGGAGACGACCCUCAGAGGAGGUUCAGGAGCUGGAGCGCGAGCGCCAGGAGCUGAUCAAGGACCAGGCAGUGAGGAAGAACCCUGGCAUCGCACAGCGCUGGUGGAACCCUCCUCAGGAGGUCCCUUUGGAAAAGCAGCUGGAUGGAGAGAAGCUGGAAUCUCUGAAGAAAUACCAGGAGAGGAAGCAGCAGAAACACACUCAGCCCUAUACAUACACUCAGCCCCAGGUGUCAGGUCCUCCCACCAUGGUGCCCUAUGAUCCAAACGAGCCCAGGAAGGAGGACAUUGUGGAGGAGCAGAUUGAUUUCUCCUCUGCCAGGAAGCAGUUUCUGCAGGGAGAGGCUGCCAAGAAGAGCGUGACCGCCCAGCUGUACUCCGCCAAACCCUUCUCUAAACCGGCAACUAGGAGCGGCCCAGGGAACGGCGACGUCGCUGCGGACGCCGGAGAGAGCCACGUGACGUGGUCCCACGAGGGCGUGGCAGGGGAAUUCACCUGUGCUCGAGCCGUGAUGACGAUCCUGCCAGAGCAGGACGAAGGAAAAGAUCAUUCGGAGCAACCCUUCCACCCAGAGGAGUUUGACUCGGGGCUGGAUGAGCUGUCCGUCCGCUCUCAGGACACCACUCUCUUCAGUUUGGAUAACGUGUCCGACAGCGGCGCGUCUCUUCCGCCGACUCCGUUGCCGCUCACCCCAGUGUCGCCCCCCACGCCCCAGCCCACCACCCCAGUCAACGGGCAGACCGGCGGCGGCCCCAAGGAGGAGGAGCUGGAGUACCACGCCGGCGUACUCGUCCAAAAUGCCAUCCAGAGCGCCCUCGCGGCUCAGAACGGCGGCGAGGCCGAGCCGUCGGAGCUGAACUCCUCCCAGCUGAGCGCCCCGGUGUCACCGUCCUCUGCCUCUACCAGCAGCCCAGUGCCAGUCUCGUCCUCGCCGGUGUCCUCUGCUGGAGCGCCCAGCUUCCAGUCGCCUGCGUCCUCCAGCCCGUCCCCACGUCCAGACACACAGUCGGGGGAGAGAGUGGCGUCAGACUCAGAACAGGCUGAGCAGCAGCAGCAGCGCUUCUCCAGUCCGUCUCCACUUUCACAGCUUCAGACUCCUUCUCCUCCACCUUCUCAGCCCGUUUCCCCUCCGCAAAGGCCCAGGAACGGAGGUCCACGGAUCAAAAUCCAGUCGUCCUACACACGAGCGCUAGCCUCCUCGGCUCCAGCUCCAUCUCCCGAUCCCACUCCUGCCGCCGCAGCUCCCGUCUCCAGGCCGACCCCCGUCUACCGUCCCCCUUCUCCUCCCAGCCCGGAGAAGUCUGAGUUCAGCUACUUCAGCAAAUACUCGGAGGCGGCUGAACUGCGCAGCACAGCGGCGGCGACUCGGGGCCCUGAGGUGGAAGCGGCCCAAGGCCCGUUCCGCCUGCGCUCCAAAAAGCAGAAAACCUUGUCCAUGAUUGAGGAGGAGAUCCGAGCGGCUCAGCAGAGAGAGGAAGAGCUGAAGAAGCAGCGGGAGGCGCAGCCCGCUGUCGCCGUCCGGCCCAGCAGCUCCUCCGGCAGCAGCCGGGCGUCGGCGAGGGCAGCAGUGAGACCCGCCACCGUCUCCCCUGCAGAUAAGAUGAAGAGCAACAGCCUGCCGGCUAGACUCACGCUGACGGCACGGACAGCGCCGGGAAAAAUCGAGAAGGUUCGGCCUGCCCCGCCCGUCUCCCCCUCCCCCUCAGAGGGUGCCCUGUCCGAUGCCGGCAGCGAGGACUCGGGAGGAUCACGGCCCAAAAACCUGAUGCAGACGCUGCUGGAAGACUACGAAACGCACAAGGUCAAGAGAAAAGAGAAAAUGGAGGACAGCAGUUAUGCGCACUUGUUACGGGCUAAUGAGGUAACCACUGAGGUUCUGGAGGCCACCAGGGUGACCAGGAGGAAAACCAACAUGGCGUUGAAGUGGGAGGCCGGUAUCUAUGCCAACGAGGAAGGAGAGGAGGAGGAGGAGGAAGAGGAGGAGGAAGAAGAAGAAGAGGAGGAGGAGGAGUGAGCAACUUAUUUCAGGGACAGUGGAGACGGAGAGGGGAGACGAGGAGGACGAUUGAAAGCGACGGGGAAAAGAAUGGAGGUUUAAUCAGUAUUUAUGAUGCUAACGGGAUCCUGAUGAUCACAUGACGCCAGAUGAGAGGCAUCGCGGGGACUGAAGGUGUGACGGCGAGGCGGAUGUUGCUUUGGACACGUUUUAGAAGGGUUUUCUGGGGCUUCAACGUUUAAAGUGUGACGUCUCCACAAGCUGGUAGACGCUGACUGACUCGAGAUUAUCUGCCUGCGGUUUCACUAUUGAACUCCGAGCUGAAGAUGUAAAGAUCGUGUUUUUUGAGAGUUUUGGUUGUUUUAGAAACCCUCCCCAAGUUUCAAUAGCAAGAGAACCAGGUGUGUGUGUGCGUGUGUGUGUGUGUUGUGAGAGAAAGACGAAGCCAAGUGAACGCAUGAACACGUUUUUGAAACUCCCAUAAUGUUUGAACCAUUUUAUAACGUUGCAAGAGGACCACAGUGUCUUGGAGGAACUCGACCAAAAGGGCCCCACCCGCGUUGUUUUAUGACGCGACGUGUUGGUGGGAGCCUCUAGCGUCCGUAUUCAAUUUAAAGUGCCGGAUCAACAGCGUCCCAGGAUUAAGUGCUCAGAAGUAUAAAGCUGCAAAGAAAUAGCAAAACUAACUUUGCCUUAGACUGUCAGUAGUUGUUGCUGCAUAGGAUGUAUUCCUGCACCUUUCAGUAGGACCUAGAGAUAAAGAUGUAACCGCAUCAGACCGAACGUUUGUCUAUAAUCACUAAACUUCACUGACUUAAGAGAUCUAAGGUAGACUGUUUUAUACUCUGAAAAUCACUUACUUCACUUUUUGUUUUUUUUAUUUGCCGUUGUUGACCUGUGCUUUCUGAUGCAAGCAGUUGCUUCAUGUAUUAUAGCGAGGUGUAUUUGAUGCGUGAACAUGUGGCUGAGGAUAAAAUUUGACAAGGUUUUGUAUAAAAAAAAAAGAUUGUUAUACCUACAACAACAAAAAAAAUGUCAAGAAAAAAAAGAUGCUUUUUACUCUAUUUAAGAAGUACUGAUUGUGUGCAUGAAUUUGCCCCCUUUUAAAGAACCGAAACGAGCACAGAGCAGCGGCAGGAAGUGCUGCAUCUCUGCUCAACGGCAUCGUACUCGUUUUGUUUUCCAGUGACGCUCAGUAAGUCGGACACAUGCGUUUUUUUUAUAAUCUGUGAGUAGACACGAGCAGAUGGAGUUAGUGGGUAAAAAUGUACAGCAACAUGUGGGGGAGGGGGUGAGGUUGCUCUGUUACUCUAAACUCCAGUCAUGCAGGAACUUGUUUCUUGGCUUUAAACUGUAGGAGCAGGGUCAUUUUUGGCAGUAUGAUGCGACAUGAUGAUGGGAAACCUGCUCAAGAGAAGGAAAACAAAAAAUAAAUAAAAUAAAAACAGCUUCAGGAGGCAGAUUUCUAUUUAGCGGAUUGUGAGAUUCUUUUCCCCCGUGGUUCUGAGGGCUUCGUUCAAACCAAAGGUCACGGCUUGGAUCUGCACGUCCGCUCAAGUGUCCUUCAGCGAGGAACUCUGUGUCCCCGAACACGCUUAAAACACCUCGGCUUCACAGAGGAGGGCUUCAGAAAAUGAAAAAAAUAUAUAUAUAAAAAAAGAAACCUGAAGCACACGUCCUGCUAACAUUGAUUGUAUUAACUUAUUCAGCAGGUGAGGUCAAGGAGCUGCUGUUGCGCCAGUAGCAGUGUUCAUUUCAGCGUCGGACCAGGAUCUGCUCUUAUAUUAAUGUUCAUUUUUUUAAGGAAUAGCGAGAGAUUAGACACAACUGUAGUGCAGCGUUGGAGG